GAAGACAUUAAACAGGAAAAAAACAUCUGCAAAAAAAAAAUACGAAAACGAAAUAUUCAGGGUAGAUACUAUACACAUGAGAAAGAAAACAGUCUCUAAAAGUUCUUGUCUAUCAGUUCCACUUUCAUUCAGUAGUAACUAAUCUAGUUGUAUUGAGUAGUGUCAUUUAUUAUUUAUUGAGAAAUCCCUAUCAUCAGUCUAUAUCUAUCAAUAAAUCUCUAUACAUUUAUGCAGCCUUAACAUUAUUAGAUAAACCCAAACUCCUGAAUUUACAAAACAAUCAGUUAGAUAUUAUCAGAUUACACGGAUAACUCUUCGGAAAGAAAAAUUUUGUUGAAGACAAAAAACUGGAAUAACUUAUGAGUGAACUCAGUUUAGACUUAAAACGACCUGUUGUAAUAUGCGGUCCUUCUGGAUGUGGCAAAAGUACCUGUAUACGGACACUUGUCACUAGAUAUCCAAAUUCAUUCCGUUAUUGUGUUUCACAUACCACUCGACCGAGACGACCAGAUGAAGUUCACGGAAAAGAUUAUUACUUCAUAUCAAAUAAAGAAUUUGAUGCCGCCGUAAAUAAAGAUGAAUUCAUUGAACAUGUUAUGUUUUCUGGACACUACUAUGGAACAAGUAAAUCAGAACUGAGAAAAGCAGAAAUGGAGAAACGUGUCUGCUUAAUGGAUAUUGAUAUACAAGGAGUUGAAAAAUUACAGAAAACAAGUAUCAAUCCAAUUUGUAUUUUCAUACGUCCAAGAAGCUUUGCUAUACUUGAGAAACGACUACGAUCCCGUUCUACGGAAAGUGAGGAUAGAAUUCUCCAGAGGUUGGCAGUUGCACAUCAGGAAAUGCAGUAUGGUAUAUCUGAAGGAAAAUUUGAUGCAGUUAUUGUGAAUGAUAAUGUUGACAAAAUGGUUCAAGAAGUUGUUGAUGUGCUGAAACAUGUAUCCAGCAACUGAAAAAAGUGGCAGUCAUCUGUAUGGUUCACAAUUCCUCGACUUGCCUUAGAGAAAUGGAUACUUCAAUAAAUACUUCUCACGAUAAAUUCCUUUGGCUUCUAAUGACCUAUUUUUAUUCGACACAAAUAAUAAAUUCACAGGUUUAUCAUUCUAUAUUACCUUAGGACUCAAUUCAUUUUAGAGUUUUUCGCAAACUUCAGAUUUAUCCUUUGGAAAUUGGGAUCAUCAUGCGAAACUUAUUUCACUGUUGGUCAAGAGUAACUUACACUUACGUGUAUAAUUUAUUUCCUCUAAUCAAUAUGUUUUUGUUAUUUACCUGUCAACGGUUUGUAUUAUGUGUGAUCAGACCGCGUGACUGUAUUUAUUAAGAAAAAGCCAAAAUAAAAUGUAAUUUUUGUUACGUCAUAAAUUGCUUGUUUUUUUAUUGAAAAUCAAGGACCAACGGGAUGUUCAGCAGAAUCGCACUAAGAAGUAAUUCACUA